AUGGAUAAGAAUGGUGAUCAUCUGGUGACAAGAAAAGAAAUCGCUCGUCUAUUGGAAUGUUUGGAAGAUUAUCAUAAGAAAUCGUCGAACAGCUCGAUUACAAGUGUUAUGAGUGGUGGUGUGAAACCAGCAGCGAAUUUUGUUCUCGCAAAAUUGGAUGAAGACAAAUCCGGACAAAUUGGUGUGUCCGAAUUCGUCGAUGGAUGGCUUAAAGACGAAACUAUACGCACAUUAUUUACAUUCUAA